AUGCCACGUUUCUCGAAUCGUCGAGCUUUCUCAUACGUGUCAACGCACCAAACGUUUCCAGCAAGCUUGUAUCGAUUUCAGCUGCACCGCGACUCAAAGCUUUAUGACAGAGCCACCGAACAGGAUGACUUGGAGUAUGAAGAUGGAGUUGAAAUCUCUGCGGAUGGCUUGGUGCAUCCGAAUAUUACAGCUGAUUUUUCUAACGGCGCCUUACUCAUGCCAAACACGCACUUUAUGCAAGAGAUCACACGAAGGUCAUUCGAUCACUACUUAGAUAUCGUGGAAAGUGGUCAAUCCAUCACGGCCGAACCACAUUAUCUGUGCAUACCUAAGGGCACCCCCAUUCCAGAGUCAUUGACUCUUUUCCGUGAGCGCACUUCUCGCUUCUCCCUUCAGCCUGCACGUCCGAUGUCGCUGGAUAUUUUGAACAAGACGUUGACUCAGUUUUAUUUUGACUAUGGACGAAUUUUUAACCCAGAUGACUGGCUUGGUAGACACCCUUACCAUGAGGCAUCUUUUGACGAUCAGGAAGAGUGGAUGAACACAUAA